AAUAAUUGUAGAAAAAUAGUUAAGAAAUCUGGGCCACCAAUAAAGGAAAGGAUCAAAAUAAAAUGGAGGAAGGAGGAAUUAGGAAAGCACUGUCUGAUGCCUACGUGGGCUCGCAGCUCUCACUUCUCCCGAUCCGCCCACAAACCUGCAACAGGUUGAGCGAGAUAAUGGCUGCCCCCGCCGUAGAGUCCAGGCCCGUGACGGCGGCCCUCCGAUCAGUCCUUCUCCGCGUCCGCCAAGCCGCCGAACGAGCCGGAACCAGCCCCGAACGUGUGCGGGUCGUCGCCGUGUCGAAAAACAAACCCGUUUCCCUUCUCCGAGAGGUCUAUGACGCCGGCCAUCGCUGUUUUGGGGAGAAUUACGUCCAGGAGUUCGUCGACAAAGCUCCCCAGCUGCCGGGCGACAUCGAGUGGCACUUCAUCGGCCAUUUGCAGAGCAACAAAGUGAAGAUACUUCUUAGUACGGAUGCAGUACCGAAUCUGACUAUGGUUGAGGGUGUAGAUAAUGAGAAGGUUGCAAACAUUCUUGACAAAGUGGUUUCAAGCCUCGGAAGGAACCCUUUGAAUGUCAUGGUCCAGGUGAAUACCAGUGGAGAAGCAUCAAAAUCAGGCAUUGAUCCAUCUGGUUGUGUUAAGCUGGCAGAGCAUAUAAAACUGCAUUGUCCAAAUCUUGCUCUUUCUGGCUUGAUGACGAUUGGGAUGCCCGACUACACAUCAACUCCAGAGAACUUCAGGACACUAGUCAACUGUAGAUCUCAAGUGUGCAAGGCCCUUGAAAUGUCCGAGGACCAGUUUGAGCUAUCAAUGGGGAUGUCUGGCGACUUCGAGCAAGCUAUUGAAGCGGGCAGUACCAACGUUAGAGUGGGAUCAACAAUAUUCGGGCCAAGGGAUUAUGCAAAGAAGAAGUAAAGUAUUUUGAAUCACAACAUUCAGCCGCUAAGCUUUAAUGAGUUAAGUCAGCAAUGCUGUACUGUAGCACUUAGAAUUCACCAUUUUCAGAAUCUGUUGCCCUGUUCCAUGUAAAGCCUGUAAUGUUUAUUCUUGGAAAGGUUACCAGAGGUUCUCUGGUUUCCCUCCAUUUUGUUUACGUUUUCAGGUAUGGUUUAUCAUCUUUGUCCCUGUGUAAUGCCGAUUGUACCCUGGUUGGAUUAUACCACUUGCUAAAUCAACGUAAUUGUAUAAAUUUGGUUGAUAACUGUCUCGC